AUGUUAUCACCUGCAGCAAUAGUUGUAUUACCAAAUGAUAGUACAUUUAAUAAAGAACGUCGUGCUGGUACACAAAACAUUCCGACGACACAAUUAUUUGAAAAAAAUCGACGUGAUUCACCACCACCAGUUUAUACAAUUAAUGAAACUAAUGAAACUAAUGGUGAUAUUGAUCAGUACGACUUUGAUAAGGAUGAUCAGUUGAUAGUCGAACCAAGUGAAGCAAGUUCAUCAGAUAAACUUUCAGUUUUAACAAAAUUGGCAUAUGCUUCUGUUGGUUUACCAUAUUCUAUGCAAUUAUCAAUCAUCGCUUUUUAUAUAAACUAUUUUCUUCUAGAUGUUGCUAAAGUAUCACCAAUAUAUAAUGCAGUUAUUUUAUUUACUAGUCGUCUUAUUGAUGGUUUAACGGAUCCUAUUGGUGGUUACCUUUUUAGUAGAUUUUCAUUCAGAUGGGGAAAAAUGAGACCUUGGAUACUUUUUUCAUCACCUUUUGUUGCACUCUGUUACUUUGCCUUAUGGUGUCUUCCAAACAUAUCAGAAGGUGGUAAAUUUGCCUAUUAUUUUGCAGCUCAUUCUUUAUUAUGGACAUUCAUGACUGCAUCACGUAUUCCACAUACAGCUCUCACCGUUUAUUUAACAUUAGAUCAAACUGAACGAGAUCAACUAACAAAAUAUCGAACUUUAUUCGAAGCUGGUGGUCUUUUACUUUCAAUUGCUUUUCAUUGGGGUGUUACAGCUGCCUUCGGUGUAACAAGAGAAAUAUGUUUGAACGACACUAUUUCAUCUAAUUUAACUGAUGUAAUACCAACUGGUGUAGAAGCUAAUGUGGCAGGUGCAUAUAUGACUUCAGCUGGUGUUGUAGCUUUACUUUGUAUUUUAACAUCUAUAUUUUUAUUUUAUAAUGUUCGCGAAAUUGUUGAUGUUAUACCAACAAGUGAAACGAGUUUUAUACAAGGUUUUAAAAUGAUUCUGCGUUAUAAACCAUUUUUAAUUUUAACAGCAGCAACUGUUGCAUCUAUUCUUGCUACUCAGUCAAUUCAAAGUGUUCUUGAAUUAUAUUUAAAUCAUGUGAAAAAAAAUCGUACAAUAUUUCCAUUUCUUGCUGGAUCAUUAAUUAUAUCAACAAUGAUUCUUCUAUUUGUUUGGUCAAUAGUAAUGCGUAAAAUUGGAAAGAAAAAAAGUUUUCUCAUUGGAAAUUUGUGUCUAUUACCAGCAGUAAUUAUUAUAUUAAUUAGUCAAUCUCCAAUGGCUCUUUUAUUUGUUGCAGCUAUUUUCGGUGCAAAUACAGUUGCUUGUGGUUAUGUUAUGCCAUGGGCAAUGUUACCAGAGUGUAUUGAUUCAUUUAUGCUCGAAACAGGUCGAAGACCGGUAGAAAUUUUUUAUACAUUGUUUUUUCUUGGUGCUAAACUUGCGCAAGCAUUAUAUGCUGGUCUUGUUCAAUUAGCACUUUCUGUUAGUGGUUUUGACGCUAAACUUUGUGAUCACCAACCAGAAUCGGUUGAAUUAACAUUAAGAUUAUUAAUGGGAGCAGUUCCAGGAAUUAUAAUGGUUCUAUCAACAAUAUGUUUAUAUUUUUAUUCAAUUGAUGAUGUACGAGCUAAAGAAAUUCAACAACAAUUAUUUGAAAUGAGGUAUGUAAUGAAUUAA